AUGUUGGAUGCAGGGACAAGUUCAUUUCAUUUGGUUUUUGAGCUUCUGCUUGCAAGCAGCCACCUACCUUUCCGUCCCUCAUUGCUAUCAACUCGUUUAACGCUAAGGAUGUCGGACUUCGACGAGACCCUCCGCUACGGCGGCCCACAGGCUGAUGAGGAGAAAGAUGAUGCUGCACGCAAGGCCGAAGAGCGUGAACGUAAGAAGGCUGAAGUGCGAAAGCGGCUGGAAGAAGCUGGACAGAAGAAGAAAGCCAAGAAGGGUUUCCUCACACCUGAAAGAAAGAAGAAACUUAGGAAACUUCUUAUGAUGAAAGCCGCCGAAGAUUUGAAACAACAACAAUUGUUGAAAGCACAAGAACGACAAAAGGCACUUGCGUCAAGAAUCAUCCCACUACCAGACGUCGACAGCAUCGAUGAUAAGGAUAAACUUGAGAAGAUCUACAAUGAAAUGUUCGAACGGGUGAAGAAGUUGGAAGAGGAGAAAUAUGAUAUCAACUUUACCGUCACACAAACCGAAGCCGAAAUCAAUGAGCUUACGAUCGCCGUCAACGAUUUGCGAGGCAAAUUUGUAAAGCCAACCUUGAAAAAGGUUUCCAAAUAUGAUAACAAAUUCAAGAAGAUGGCUGAUGAGAAGGCGAAGGUAAAGGGUGAGAAGGCAGACUUCAGGGCAAACCUUAAAGUUGUCAAGAAAGAGAAUGCUCUCGACGACAUCAUGGCUAAAACCAAGAAGAAGGAAGACAAGCCAGACUGGUCGAAGAAGCCUGGCGAUGAGAAGAAGAAGGAAGAGGUGAAGGAGGAAGCCGCCGCACCACCGCCACCAGCUGAGGAGCAGCCCGAAGCCGAAGAGGAAGGAGGUGAGGAAGAAGGAGGUGAAGAGGAAGAGGAGGAAGAAGAAGAGGAGGAAGAGUAAAUCAAGCGACCCCAAGCAGAAUGAUUUAUUGUUUACUCUUUUUUCUCAACAUUUUAUGCUGUUCCUGUCCGCUGUGUCCCCAACUCGGCUCAAUUCUCAUUUUUCGUGUCGUCUAAUAAUUUGUCAUUAACACACGACAUCCAACAUCGUUCAUUUGUACGAUAAAAUACAUUUCGAAUAUUUUUCUUCGUGGUGCUCCUUAGAUGUAUAUGAGGCGUUUGAUUAAAAGGUUGUUUCACAUAACUAAA